GCAUGCUACCAUAACAACGGGUCAAGCGAGUAGGUCGGCCGUGAAUUGAUCUUUUGUGUGAUCAACCUAACUUCACGUUACACUUAUCGAGGGAGGUUUUGUAACUGCUAAAUACAUUCAUAUAGUAGAAAUGUCAGCAAAGGCACUGGCAAAGUUACCACCAAUUCAGAGAUCGAGUCCACCUCCACCAGCAAAUAUCAAUGCUGUGAUAUCACCUCGGGCAGGUAAAGCUUUCAGUGGACUCCAAGGACCAAGCUACCAGAUAGGGGAAGGUGGCAAACACAAACUGCCUGAACCUCAAGCAUUAAAGCCGUUUGUAGAUACAAAGGCAGGAAACUUGGAUACAUGGCCAGCCCAUGCCACAGCUCAGGCUGCAGCCCGCCCCUCCCUGCCAUCCUCCCAGAGGCCAAGGGGUUCCAGUGCUGAUGGAUAUGGCAGAGGACAAAGCACUGGGGAAGGCGGAGGUCCGCAUCAGUCGAUGGUACCAAAACCAAAGUUCCUGGAGCAGUUGGAAGUCUUUCUCAAAAAAGAACUCAGAAAUGUGGACGGAGGAAGGGCAGGUCCAAGUGACACAAGAUUACAGGCAUAUCGGGAAGUGUUUGAGUACCUGAUUGAAGAUUUCAAGGCCUAUAAACCAAUCUUCUCUGCCAUCAAGAAUGAAUAUGAAGUCAUGUUAUCACAUCAAAGGGAAAAGAUUAGAGAACUUGAACCUCUUAAGUCCAUGCUGGUAACGGUAUCCGAGCAGUGUGAUCAGAAGAUCAUGGCUCUACGAGAAGACGAGAGACAGGAGAUGAAAGACCUGAAGAAUGAGAAACAAGCUCUCCUGGACCGCAUCGGUGGGAUGAAGGAGGAACAGUUUUCAUUACAGAUGCAGAUUGAAAAGCUCCAAGAGAAGAUAGCUGAACAGUAUCAGAUGUAUCGUGAUGAGUGUGACGCUCGUAAGUUACUCGUCUCAGAUAUCAAUGACCUUCGUUACCAGCAGGAGGAUUAUCAGAAGGCCCAAGGCAACCAAGAGGUCCCAGCUGAAGCUAAAGAAGACCUCAAGAUGAAGAUUGCUCUUAGGAAAGCGCGGGAGGAUCUAACAGAUGCAACUCAGAGAUUGAACGAAAUGAUAGCCAACUAUGGUGAUGUGGUUCCUAGAAGGGAUUUUGAAUUACUGACCGCGGAACAUAAGAAAUUGCUAGAAGAACAUGAGACUUUGAAUGGUGACUACAAUCAGCUGAGAGCAGAGCAUGAGGCUCUGUUGGAUGUGAAUAAGCAGAUCAUAGCACAGAGAGAUGACUUCUACCAAGAGCUUGAAAACCUCAAGAGAACAGCAACACCUAGACCUGACUGGGACCGCUGCGCUGAGGUGCUGGAAGGAGGUGAAGAGAGAUGGGUUCAAAUCUCACAAGGCAAGAAGAGUGAUCAACUUGUCACAUUACUCCUUAAAGAGAUCAUGGGAGACGGGGAAGGCUACGAGUACUUUGAACCAAAGGGUCUUGGUGAUGAUGUACCUGUGUACAUGCGAUAUGAAGGCAAGCUGAGGAAGAGAAAGAUGGAUGAAAAUGAUGCUGGUGUCCUCAUCAAAGAAAUAUGGAGGGAGAAAACAAAACAAAAUCAAGAGAGAGGAGAAGCAGGUCCAGAGCCUAUGGAUAUCUUCCUUGCCUCGUUCAUGAGACAGAAGUAUCCGGAGGAGAAACUUGCCUUUGAGUGGACGUACAUGCUGCUUAGUAUACUAGAAGAGAAUGAGAAGGAGAACCAUCUUAUGCUCUUUUACAAGACACUCAUCGGAGAGAUGGAUGAAGAUGUUUAUCAUAAUCAGUUAGAGGUCUUAUCAGAGCUCAUGGCUGCAUUCAAGAAGGCUGAUGAAGAGGAAGGGGGACAUGGGAGUUUCAACAAGGAUAUCCUAGAGCUAGCCUUGCGAGAGUUCUUCACCAUCAAAGAUGAUGAUAGCAUUCAAGCCCUGGUCGAUGCUGCUGUUCAAGAACUUCAGCCUGAAGAUGAGACUAAACUUCUCUAUGAAGAUCUCUUCACAGAGGAGGAGGACGGUACUGUUGGGCCAUUUAUCUCUCUUCUCAGAUCUCAAGAACGAGAAGAAAAGCUACUGUAUGUGGAUGACAUCAGGAAAGAAUUGGAAGGGAAAGAGGAGAUUCCAUGGAGAGAACUUCAAAUGGCCAUCAACGUGGUAGAUGCAGAGAUAGACCGCCCUCACAUGGUGCAGUACGUAUGCCGUGCGUUUGACGUCCCCCAGGAUCAGAUCACCACGGCGCAACCGACGACGCUUGACGUCAUCGUGAGGAGACUGCAGAAGAGUACGGCCAGGAGAAUCGGGAAACUGAACAGUUCUGAGCUUACAUAGAAUUCUCAAUCAUCAAAGGGGAUUCAUUGAGUGAUGUUUAAAGUACAUAUCAAUUACCUUGACUUCAACUAUACAGGAUGGUAUUCACAUGGCACAUGAAUGAUAUCCACCAAUCAAACAAAGGCUACAGAGGCAACAUGUAACAUAUCUUGGCUUUAAAAUAUGAUUUUAUUCCUGAAUUGAUACAUAAAGAGAUGUAGUAACAAAGGAAGGAAAAGUUAAGUAUGAGCACUGUUAAUUGAGUCAUUUCUUGAAGUGUUUUAUUGGACAUUGCCAACAAGUUUCGAUAGGACUUUUGAUCAUCAUUUUCUUGUAAAUGUUCAUAAUCAAUACUUAAAGAAUAUACCAAUAGAAUAUGUAUCAUAUAUACUGUGUAUGUGCAGUUUCAUUCUAUAGAUGGGAAGAAAUUGAUAAAUGUUUGUUUUUAGGCCCUUUAACGAAUUCGUCCUUACUUUAAUAUCCCCCAAAUGGAACUCUUUUAGCAUUGUAAGCUCUUUAUAAUCAUUGACGGGCAAUUCAAUAACAUAUGUAUGCCUGACCCCUAUAUCUGGUGCUUUAUUUUAAAUUCAUUUUUCUCUAUUUUCUAGUUCGUAUGAAAACUUUGUACUACUCUCACAUGCAGGCUUCAGCCUUUCAUGAAAUAGAGAAAGAAUGGGAGAAAAUGGGGGCCAUAUGUACAAAAAGGUUGAUGAUUUUAUUGAAUUGCCCAGUAGCUAAAUUGAGGUGUAUUUUUAACCUUUAACCAUAUUUUACUGACCAGGGUCACAUGCCAAAUAUUCAUUUUGACACUUAUAUUUUUCAGGUUCUGAAUAUAAAUCACUAUCUCGUAUACUGUAUACAUCUUGAGUAGUCUUACAGAUAGUGAAAAGUUGAAUGAUUUUACAUGUGGAUAAAUCAUAUUUCAAUAGAAAUUUGCAUUCCUUAACAGAUCAAACAAAAACAUGUCAUUAGGUGCAAGCAGCGAAAUAACAAAUAACUAUGGAAGAAUGAAAGAUAAAUUUCAAACAAAUCAGAUCAAAUUCUGUCUUUAAUGCUGAUGUUUCGUGUUGAGGGAAUUGUUUUAAGAGCAAAGAUUGAAAUGCCUAUGGUUUACAAUUUAGAGAUUAAAAACAAAGUUAUUGUAGGUCAAUAAGUACCAAGAAUUGUCACGCUACAACCUAAGGAGUUUCCCCUUUACUCUACUUUUAUUGUAACAAACUAUUCCAGAAUUCCGUCCAAAAAGACCUCUGGGCUUUCCUGAAAAACCUGUAUCUGUAUAUGAAACCGUCCUAAUGUUUGUAAUUCAGCAUGUAUUAUCCAGUAUAUUGUUAUUUUAUGUAUAUAAUGUACAAAUAUAUUUCACAUUCUAUUUAAUAAAAUUGUUUUAAUGUAUGAAUUUGAAUGUUUUCUUUCCAUGUGCAUUCUUACAGUAUAGCAUUUGAUUUAAAGAAAAGAAUCUGAAAUAGAAGUCAACUUCUUUUUUACCGCCCCUUCAAAGAAGAUGCCAUACAAAUGAAAAAUUUGAUUUUAAUAUUUUGGAGUGUUCUUGAUAAUCUUAAUUUCAGUAUUUAGGCCAUAAUAGCUCUAUGUUUAUGCAAGUCUCACGUAACUUUCAUGACCACACCCUAUUUAUUAUAUAUUUGUGCCAUGACAGGUGGAGGAUUGGUAUCCCCAUUGUCCUUUAUCGUUUUUAGGUAGUCAACGUAAGAUGAAGGCAGGUUUGAUUCUAUAGCGCCCUCAAUCAUGACCUUCAUGUAGUGGGGUGACGGGGGCUCCUCAUUGGCCUGCUCCAAGUCCGGUGCCAUGUGGUAGGUGUGGCAUAAGUAGGCGUGGCCCUCU